UCCUCUUUCUUUAUAUAGCUUAGCUAAAGCCCGCAUUUGAUGACCGCUCGAAUCUCGGUAAACACUUGACUGGCAGCCCACCUAGAUCAGAAAUGACUUCAGAGACCAAACUUCUUUCACUUGAGGAGGUCUCAAAGCACGAUUCCAAAACUGAUUGUUGGCUUAUUAUUUCAGGAAAGGUGUAUGAUAUUACACCAUUUCUGGAUGAUCAUCCUGGAGGUGACGAAGUCCUGGUGUUAGCCACUAAGAAAGACGCAACCGAGGAUUUCGAAGAUGUGGGUCACAGUCAGAAUGCAAGAAACAUGUUGACAGAAUACUAUGUUGGUGAUAUUGAUAUCAACACCAUGCCACAAAAAGGACAGUACAAAAAAACAGCUUCAAACUCAGGUUCUGGAUCGAAAAGUGGUUCAGGGAGCUCAUCCAACAUCAUGGUAAUGUUGGUUUUGCCCAUUCUGAUGUUGGUGUUGGCAUAUGGUCUCUAUUAUUUUGCCAAAAAAGACAAGGUGAUUGAUUAGCCCAUUUCAUGCCUUACUACAUUAUGUUAUGUAUGGAUCUGUAGUUUGUAAUUGUGUAGCUAGCUCUAGCUACAAGGAAGAGAAGGACCUUUAUUUAUUUAUAGUCAGUCAUGUGCGGAUAUUGGUUACGUUUACUUAUUGAUGAACCUAUGAACAAGGUUUUUAUUGGGGAUAAAAUCGAUGUGCUGUUUCUU